GCGUGGACUGGAAGACAGGUGAUGGUUACGUAUUUAAAUGAUGAUCAGGCUGAUGUAAAAUGUAAUCUCCAUCCAUCCACAGCGCUGUGGCUCCCAGUGUUUGCUUUACUGUGGGAAACGGGUAAUAAUGGCUCUUUGAUGGGAACAGGUUGCCGACCCCUGGUAUGAGAUCUGAGCUGGUAAAACAAAAAUCCUCAUCAGCAGGCUUUUUUUAAGUGGGGGGGGACACAGCUGCCAAUCACAAAUUUUAACCGGGUACAUGUCUCCGGUUAAAAUGACGCCUAUGCGGGAGCGGUUCUGAUACUUUUGGGUCGCAGCUGCUCGCAGCGCCGCUUCAACAGUGCGAUACCCUCACGAGGGACGAGCGAAAUAUUAAACACUCCAGAAGUCCGUGCGAGCUCGCGACUGCUGAUCGGCGGCUGGUCACGUGGUGUUAAUCGCCUCUCGUGACCCCCUGUACCCUACACGACGCUCGGCGCUAAACUCGCCCCGAUCUCGUGGAUUCCCGCACGAGUGGAAAAUCGGCUCAAAAAAGUGAAAAAGUCGCACAGUGCACGCCCGGCUUUACAAAACACACGUGCGCGCGCACGCGCACAAUAACCACGGAUUAAAACGUAAACAAAAGGCUCGUCCAGGUCACGUGAUGCAGGCAGAAUCAAAACAACCACCCCGCUGAUGCGAUCAGCUGCUUCUACUCUCAAAGAGCACCCCCACCCCGCCCACGUGCGCGCACGCACGUACGUACGCGUGACGUCAUCAAAGCGAUAGCUCAUUACUUUGUUGCGUCAUCAGAAAGAAGCCCUCAGUGUGUUAAGGUCGUUGUACGAAACGGAUCAGAUCACCGCUCCCUACAGGAACCGCUUACACAAGUGUGUCACCACCGCUUAAGUCACCAGUUAAAAUGGCUCAUGAGCUGAAUCUUACAGAGUUGAAGGCUAAAUUAGACAAGAGUAAGGCCAACGAGAUCUUACUCACAGCCAAAAUCAUCGAACUGACAUCAGAAGUUAAGAAUUUUCAAAAAGUUUUAUCUGAAAAAGAAACUGGGUGGAAGAACCAGUUGGACGAUUUAACAAAGAAAAAUACCAGAUUUCAAAGGGAAAUGAGAAAGGAGAAAAGUCAGCGGUCUAAUGCAGCGCUUCAGCUGACGGAGCGUACGGCUAAACUAGAAGAAACCGAGAAAUGCCUGAAGUCCUUGAAGAAGGAACACCAAAGGCUUGAAAAAGACUUGGAAACGCAAACGUCACGCAGAAAGAGCGUUGAGACAAAACUAAACAGUUCAGUGCAAACAAACACUGAAUUAAAAGUACAAAACGAAGAGUUUUCUAAGGAAAAUGAAAAACUUCAAGCUUUAAAUGAGUCAUUAUUGAAAAACAAGGAAAUAUUGCAACGUUCACUGGCUCAAGAAAUACUUAGAACAACAAGUUUGAAAAAGAGACUCGCAAACUUCAAAGCUGAAUAUGAAGACGAGGACACGGUCAGGAAGAAUGUUGAAGUUCCGUUAAAUAACAGGAUUAAAGAGUUAAUGGACCACAACGACCGACUGAAAGCUGACGCUAAGAAAACGUCUGCAUAUGUGACACGUUUAGAAAAAGAUAAGAAAAAUUUACUAUUAGAUUACAGACAGCUGAAAAGGACAAAUGAUGAAUGGCCAGAGAAAUACUUUGCACUUACUCAGGAAAACCAAAAGCUUGCUACAGAAUUAGACAACAUGCGGAUUCUUUUAGACAAAAAUGCCUCAGAAAUCCUAAAUCUAAAUCUUCAAAUAUGCAACGCUGUCAGUAAACGAAUUGACGCUGAACAAGAGAAAAGGAAACAAAGUGAAGCUCAUGAAUCUGAACUCAAUGCCAUUGUGGAACAGAAGGACAGCGAAAUAGAGGAAUGGAAGGCAAGAGAAAAACUGCAACUGAAUGAAGCCACACUUGCUAAAAGUCUAAAAGCUGAAUAUGGAAGCAAUCUGUUUAAAGCUCAGGAUCAAAUUCAGUGUUUGGAACAGAAGAUUAGUGGACUUACAGAUGCCAACGCACUGCUUUCAACAGAGAAAGAGUCUUUAGUCAAGGCGACAUCGUCCCUGUCUCGCCAGCUGAAGGAAGUUAAGAUGCAGUUAGAAAACACAGAGCAGCAACUGUCGUCAGCUCGGAAUAAAGACGCCCAACAUUCAAGCAUCUUAGCGACUAAAGAAAUGGAGAAGGAGCAAAUUAUCAAGGAGCUUGAAAUAACAGCGACAGAACUACAGAACGCAAAAGACGAAAUUAGCGAUUCAGCAAAGAAAACUCAGGAACUGAUUUCCAGAGAGAAAAUGGAAGUUCAGGGAAAACUUGACAAGCUAGCCGAAGAAUUCUCUAAAAAUGGCUUGAAAUCAGUAGCAAUGCAUGUGAAAACGCUGCUAAGUGGUACGUAUAAAAAAGGCCAGAAUAAAUAUACUGUUGGUCGUUUAAACCUGGAGUUAGAAAGCCAGAAUUUUAUGAAAAAGAUCACAGAACAGAAGGCAGAGAUUGAGCAACUGAGAGGCAAAUUGCAUAAAGCUAUGGCUGCUCAGAGUAAAAAUCUGUUGGCCAAGAGGAGAAUCAUUGAUCCGGAAGGGCCCUCAUCUUCACAUGAGUUAGUUAUUAAACUGAAUAAUGACAAGUCAUUUACAGGUCAGAGGACAAAUAUGGUUCAAUUGAAUAAGCCCUGCAUGUUUCCAUCUAUUGGUGUAGAGGGCAGAACCGUCUGUGGAGCAAACUUAGACGAUGGUUUCUGGAUGGGAGUUACUGAGGAUGCACAGUCCGCCCUCCCUCCCCCUUAG